AUGAUCAGAACAGUCAAACCAAAGAAUGCUCGUUCCAAGAGAGCUUUGGCCAAUAAGGAGGCCAAGCUCGUGGAAAACACGAAAUCAGCUCUUUUCGUUCCAGGCUCCACCGGUAACCAGUUCUUGCACGAUGUGAUGGUUGACUUGAUGGCUUUGAAGAAGCCAGAUGCAAAGAUUUUCAAUAAGAAGAACGAAGUGAGACCUUUUGAGGAUGCGUCUACGUUAGAGUUCUUUUCUGAGAAGAACGAUACUUCGUUGAUGGUGUUCUCCACAUCCAACAAGAAGAGACCUAACACGCUUGUGUUUACUCGUUUCUAUAACCACUCGGUUUACGAUAUGAUGGAGCUUUCUAUCCAGAAUAACCACAAGUUGAUUACUGAGUUUAAGAAGCUUACGUUUAGCGUGGGUCUUAAACCUAUGUUCACCUUCAACGGUCCAGCUUUCGACUCUCAUCCUGUUUACCAGCAGGUGAAGUCUAUGUUUAUGGACUUUUACCGUGGCGACCAGACCGAUCUCCAGGACGUUGCUGGUUUGCAGUAUAUCAUCUCGCUUUCUGUGGCUGAGAUCGAAGACCCCAACUCCACCGAGUUGCCUUUGGUCCACUUCAGAGUGUACAAGUUGAAGUCAUACAGAAGUGGACAGAAGUUGCCUAGAGUCGAGGUGGACGAGAUCGGCCCCAGAUUGGAUUUCAAGAUCGGUAGAAGAAUCACUCCUGCUCCAGAGGUCGAGAAGGACGCUCUCACCAAACCUAAGCAGCUCCAGGCCAAGGAGAAGAAGAACGUUGCCACGGAUACUAUGGGUGACAAGGUGGCCAAGAUUCAUGUGGGUAACCAGGACUUGAGCAAGUUGCAGACGAGAAAGAUGAAGGGUCUCAAGCUGAAGUACGACCAGGUCGACGAGGAGGAGUUUGACGAGGAGGACUACAUCGAGGAGCCUCCAGAGAAGAAGCAGAAGAUUUAA